AAUCGGGGCGCUAAGAUGGCCAGAAGGAGUCCGGGUCCGUGGUUUGUGCCCUGGGUCUGCUUGGUGCUGGUGCUGGACUUGGGCGAAGGGCAGAAGGAAAAACCCUUCGGUGAAAUGUGCCUGGAGGACUUUACGGCAGGGCUGCCGGAUUGGGUGCUGGACACAGACGCCUCCGUCCAGAAUGGAGCCACCUUCUUGUCGUCCCCCAUGGUGAAUCGGAGCAGGGACUGCAUGAGAGCCUGCUGUAAGGACCCCACCUGUAACCUGGCUCUCGUGGAGCAGGGCCCGGGCUCUCAGGAAGACCAGAUCCAGGGCUGCUUUCUCCUCAAUUGCCUCUAUGAGAAGGCUUUCGUCUGCAGAUUUGCCAGGAAGAUCGGCUUUCUCAACUUCUUGAAGAAAGACGUGUACGAUUCCUACCUGGCAAUGCAGAAUCACAGACCUAGCGAUGACCACCCUCCAAUAGCCCGUGCUGUCAAGGAUAUGAGGGUACAGCCGGGGGAGCCAGUGAUGCUGAGAGGCACAGAGAGCACAGAUGACCAUGGGAUAGUCAGCUAUGAAUGGAAACAGAUCCUUGGCGACCCCUCUGUGGAGAUGAAGAAGCACGAAGGAGAUCAGGUAGAAAUCUCCAACCUCCACGUGGGGACUUACGUCUUCCAGCUCACUGUCACAGACACUGCACAGCAGCAAGACUUCGCCAACAUCACCAUCAUGGUAUUGAGCUCUGAGCAGACAGAAGAGCAUUGUUUGACUCCAAAGAAGGUGGGCUGGUGUCGGGGAUCUUUUCCACGCUGGUUCUACAACCCAAGCCUUCAGCAGUGUGAGGAGUUCAUUUUUGGUGGCUGCAAGCCCAACAAGAAUAACUACUUACGGGAGGAGGAGUGUAAACUUGCUUGCAAGAAUGUCAGAGGUUCUAUUGGUGGACGACAACAGCCAGUAUGCAAUGGGAAUUGUCAGGCCCCCUUCUUCAGAUGCAAGGAUGGUUGCUGCAUUGAUGCCUAUCUGGAGUGUGAUGAAACGCUGGACUGUGCUGAUGAAUCAGAUGAGAUGUACUGUGAACAAUAUGCUCGUGAGUUCAAUAGACUGCAGAAAAUCAAUGUCACACAUAAGCAAGGCCACUGUGUGGACUUGCCUGACACUGGACAGUGCACCGAGAGCAUCCCCCGCUGGUACUAUAACCCAUUCUUGGAGAAAUGUGACCCCUUCACCUAUGGGGGCUGUGGUGGCAACAGCAACAACUUUGAACAAGAGGAGGAGUGCAUGAAAUCAUGUUCAGGCAUCACAAAAGCAGAUGUCAUUGGCCGAAGAUGGGAAUCAUUUGAGUCCCAGACUGCUAUGUUAAGUGCCUUUGAGGUGGUGAUUGCUGUGCUCCUCGGGAUCUGCAUCAUGGUGGUCCUGGUGUUCAUUGGCUACUUCUUCCUGAAGAAAAGGAAGAAGAGCAGCCGCCGCCACCAGCCUCCCACUGCUGCCAACUCAACCCUCUCCACCACAGAGGACACUGAGCAUCUCUUCUACAGCAGCACCACCAAACCAGUCUGA